AUGCGGUUUGGUCUAAAUUACCACCGGUACCAGGUGCCUGAAUGGGCACCAUUUUAUGUACCUUAUCCCUUACUGAAGAAGCUAUUAAAGACGGCUAUCAGAGCGGCGGACCCUGCAACAAAUCAGCCCGAUUUCAAAGAGGUUUAUACCUGCCUUGAGCAUAAUAUAAAUUCCUUCGGUAUCUUUCACCACGAAAACUAUGAUAUCCUAAGGCAAAGGGUAGAGGAGUUGCACAAUCAACUAGCACCCAAAUCAAAAACUUUGUCAAAAACAAAGGAUAUAAAUUGCUAUGAACUAGAGAACAUCCUCAAAGCCGUGAUAGAGCUCCGUAAGGAUUCGGAGAAGUUGCAGUGGUAUUAUCGAGUCAACAAAGAAGCAGUUCAGAGGAUCUAUGCCAAGCUCGAGAAGCUUUGCCGCUCGACCGGGCACACUGAUGAAGGUCAUAAAGUGAAGUGGACCGAUUUGGAGGCUGAUCGGGAUGUAUCAUGGUUGAAGUAUACUGGAAGUCUAAACGAACUGAUGACUGCUAUCAUCCAAAUCCGUUCUGAUAUGAAGAUUCAAUCAGGCAACAAAUCCUGUCUGGACAACACCUCCAGCCAUCUCUCUGCUUCCAGUGACCCUAUCAGAGCUUUGGAUCGCGCUGUGAUAGAUGAUGAUGUCCCAAAAUUAUCCAAGAUGUUGGAAGAGACGUACUCGUGUAAUACAACAACGAGCCAAUGCUUCCAGGAAAUUGUCUAUGAUCUAGCAGGGAGUUCAGUGGUCUAUGGUUCUAAGCGGGCUGCUGCCUUUUUGCUUUCAGAAACAUUCUCCCGAUAUCAUAUUACGCUAGAUCACAGGAUAUUGAACCAAAUGAUUAUAAUUUCUGGUCGGCAACAAGCUUUUGAAGAGUACACUGCAUCUAGGAUGUGUUCUCAGUGCAGCUGUAAAGACUCUUGUGGUAAGUCAGAGAGUAACCUGUUCUCCUUGGCCGUCGAGCAACUUGCGCUCGGCGGAAAGGACGUCUUAUUGGAAAAGGAUGCUUUUGGCCGUCAUCCGCUCCAUUACGGUGCAAUUUACGGCUUGCCAGGUAUCUGUGAAUUAUUACUGGACUUGUCUCAAAAGUCGGGUCAAGAGUAUCCCGCACGCCUCAUCAUGUCGUUGGACUCUCAACGUUUUACGCCACUGCACUACGCAGUGAUCAACAACCACGCCCUGGUCAUAAAAGCCUUUUUGAAAGCUCUCGAACCGAUGAUGCAAACAAAUGACGAAUCCAGCAAAUACAUCUUGAUCGAUAUUCUGAGGGAUCUUCUUGCCAUAGCAAUCAAAUACCAGUAUGAUGACAUAGUCCGCCUGUUUGCCAAGUUUCCGCGAGAGUUUCAUGACGAAUCUAGUCAUGGAGAGACAGCUCUCUAUGUUGCGGCUCGCAGUGGAAAGGAAGAAUAUGUGGACAUGCUCCUUAAGCAUGGAAGUUUUCCAGAUCUUGAUAUCCCAGAGACUGUGCAUGGCUGGACUCCUUUAUUCAUUGCCUGCGUAGAGGGUCACCACGCCGUGGCUAAACUCCUUUUGGAUGCGGCAGCGAAACAGGACAUUCAUGAUUAUUCCGGGUGGACUGCCAAAGAGCAUGCAGCAGUAAGAGGCCAUCUAACUUUAGCCGGGAUGCUCACUUCAUUGGGUACUGAGGAUUCUCUCGGUGGGCCUGCUAGCACACUUAUACAGCCAAUUCGUCGAAACACCCAGUCAUUUAGGACUGAUUGUCACUACCUAAUCAUCAAUUUGGGUGUCCUACAAAGCGGAAAACAGGUAAAGGCUGUUGAACUGAGAGAACGCUCUCCGAAGGAGCUAAUCUCUAUGAAUGCUGGCUUCUUGAUGGAAAUUUCAAUCUCAGAGAGGGGAAGCAUAAGGGAGCUUGUAGAGCUACCUUCAUUGACUGAUAUGACCCACGAACCUUUCGUUUUCCCAGUCACGGAUCCGGACAGAGCCUGGCUAUCUUUCAAGUUUCUCCAAGCUAGCUCUACAUUGGCAAAGGAAUAUAACCUUUUGGGGGGUGGUACGGCUCUGAUAGGAAGCCCCGGCGAUCAUUUCGGAGAAAAUCGUGAAAGCCUCAUCAGAGAACGUACCGUUCCUAUCCUUGAGAAAGAUACACUUGAUGUUCUGGGCAAGGUCACUUUUACUUUUGUCAUCUCUAAACCAAUAUCCUACCGUGCCAUUCCCUUGGCCAGACCCCUUGUCGUUGAAGAAGGGGUACAGCUAGUGGGUCAUAGAGGUCUCGGACAAAACACAGCCAGCCACAGCUAUCUUCAAAUAGGAGAAAAUACUAUAGAGGUACGCAUCAUUUUCUUAACCAUUGAAAUCAAAUCCUGCCUACCUAACAUGGGAUUUAGUCAUUCCUUUUGGCAUCAAAGCAAGGCGCCACAAUCGUUGAGGGACUGA